AGAAUGGCAACAACUGGCAGCCAACAAGAAGAGACCAACAGGACAAACGGGAACAACCAAAGGCCAAAAUUGUGGUCACGGCUAAAACAAAAUGUGUAAAAUAAAACACGCAACUGUGGCAACGGCAACAGCAGCAGCAACUACAACAACACCAACAAGCAUUCUUCUAACCCAACAACCAGAAAACACAAAGGCCAUAAAACCAGACCAAGCCGAGGGAAACUAAACACACAACAACAACAACACAAAAAAAAAAGCAAACCAAAAUAACAGAACAAAAGACAAAAAGUGUAAAACUUGCGGCAUUUCUUCGAACAACAAAACAGGCGACAAGUGAAAGGAAACGGAAGUGGACAGGCAACAGCAGCAGGAGCAGAAGCAUUACGAGCAGGACAAUAAAAUCUCACGCACCCCCAGCAACAGGGGCCAAAAAAAAGGACAUUUAGCUAACGUCAUGUAUGCCGCCGCCGCCCUAAUGGACAUGAGCCAGACAUUGGCCGCCAGUCUGGCAUAUGCCCCACCCGAUGGCCCGCCCAACGGGGCCUUCUCUCUCUCCGGCACAACCAACGUGAAUGUAAGCCAAACUCAAGUGAAUGUCAGCCUCUUUGAGGGAUCCUCGAUGACAGCAGCCGCCGGGCAAUUGGCUCGUAAUGCCAGUCAGAAUGGCGAAACCUAUACCCCGGUUCUAGAUCGCCCAGAGACAUAUAUUGUCGCCGUACUCUACACGCUCAUCUUCAUUGUGGGCGUCCUGGGCAAUGGCACAUUGGUCAUCAUUUUCUUUCGACAUCGUUCCAUGCGAAACAUACCCAACACGUAUAUACUUUCAUUGGCUCUGGCUGAUUUAUUGGUCAUUCUGGUCUGUGUGCCAGUGGCGACAAUUGUCUAUACUCAGGAUACUUGGCCAUUUGAGCGUAACAUGUGUCGCAUUACGGAAUUCUUUAAGGACAUUUCCAUUGGCGUAUCCGUUUUCACAUUGACAGCCCUCUCCGCUGAACGAUAUUGUGCCAUUGUGAAUCCUUUGCGGAAAUUGCAGACCAAACCAUUGACAGUCUUCACAGCGGUGAUUAUCUGGGUAUUUGCCAUUAUAUUGGGCCUACCAUCGUUUUUGAUAUCAAACAUUCAAGGAUACACCAUGACCACGCCCUCGGGCAACAUAACGAUUGAAUACUGUGCUCCCUAUCAGUCCAAGAAUUAUGCCAAAUAUAUGGUGAUGGCAAAGGCUUCGCUGUUUUAUCUAUUGCCACUGUCCAUCAUUGGGGCUCUGUACAUCAUGAUGGCUAAGCGUUUGCAUAUCAGCGCCCGCGACAUGCCCGGUGAACAGUUGAGCAUUCAGAGCAGGACCCAGGCUCGAGCUCGUCGUCAUGUGGCCCGCAUGGUUGUGGCAUUUGUGUUGGUUUUCUUCAUUUGCUUCUUUCCGUAUCACUUGUUCGAAUUGUGGUAUCAUUUCUAUCCAACGGCUGAGGAUGAUUUCGAUGACUUUUGGCAUGUUGUGCGAAUUGUUGGUUUCUGUACCAGCUUCCUCAAUUCGUGCGCCAAUCCGGUGGCCCUCUAUUGUGUGUCCGGAGUAUUCCGUCAGCAUUUCAACCGUUAUCUCUGCUGCAUUUGCGUCAAACGGCAACCGCAUCUGCGACAGCAUUCGACUGCCACUGGGAUUAUGGACAACACCAGUGUUAUGUCCAUGCGACGCUCCACCUAUGUGGGUGGCUCGGCCGGUGGAGGCAAUCUGCGCGCCUCGUUGCACAUCAACAAUAACGGUGGUGGUGGCGGAGGAGGCAAUGGUGGUGCUGGAGGAGGAGGCAAUGGCGGACGUGGUGGCAGUUUUCAUCGUCAGGACUCAAUGCCAUUGCAACAUGGCAACGGGUCUAGCAAUGUGGGCGGAGGAGGAGCCAACACCACCGGACGCCAGGCCAUUAUCAAUGAGAAAAGUCUAAUGCAACGCUACGAAUGUGAACAUAGACGUUAUUAGUGAGACAGAAUGUUAUCCCCAUCUUUGUUUACUGUUCGCAAGACAAACAAACAAAUUUUGAUGUAUGAAAAAUAUUUUGGGAAAAAGUCAAUGCAGGACGUUGACAUUGAAAUGCAGCAAAUUCUAAGCCAAU